AUGCCAUACACUGCGCCGUUGAAGUCGUUGCUCUCCGCGCAGCACAUUGAACAAACUGAGCCUUCCUCACAAGCUCUCCCCGAACGACCUGGCUUGGUUCGCUCCGCCUCCGCGCGCUUGCAGAACUCCCGUUCCUACUCAUCUACUUCGUACGUUCGUCGACACCGAAGGAGCCCGUCGAUCAGCAAGUCGACAGUGCAUUCCUCAUCGGACCCCACCUCCCGGUCGUCACCGGUUAUUGACCCUCAUGCCAGUCUCCGUCAAUCUCCCCCACCAGUGAGCAAUGCUGCGAUUCCUGUCGGGGCGGUGAUCUCGCCGCCCGAAUCCGCCCCGAACUCGAGUGACGAGGAGUCGCCGUACCGUGAGGGUAUCAAACUGGAAGAGCUCGAAGCUGCUGUCCGGUCAAUUGGUCAGAGGAGGGAAAGCUCACCCGAGAGAGAAGAGAUGGGCCCGGCCGAACAGCGGAGAACCGAAGCUCCAUCUUCAAGUUCAUCCACGGUAACACUUAACCCGGAUCCCAAGCCCAACCACCUACGACUGUCCAAGUCCGCGAGAAAGAUCUCCCACUCGCGAUCAUCGACUGAAACGGCGGUUGAACUGAAGCGGGAGGAAGCAUUAACUAGCUCUCCCGAUGAUAGCGAUGCGGAAAUGACGACCAAGCCGCCGAUGGUCAGGAAGAAGUCUGGUGAGCUGGUUCGUCCCGCCCUCCGUCCCGCAUCGGCUCGACGACGGCCAUCCAGCAUGCCGGGGACCCCGGUCUAUGCCAAGGCAGUGCACUUUGACUCGCAGUUGGAACACAUUCGUCACUUCCUGCAGCUUGACCGACCCUUGGCUGUAAGUGCUCAAACAUCGCCGGUCGAGAACCAUGAUGCCGAUCACGAGUUUCCUUUCGGUCGGGACGAGGACAAGCAAACACCGUCGUGGGAAUGGGAGCUGCGGCUGUCCAACGCCCCGAAGGAUAUUUCUUCUCGGUCCAAUCUCCCUGUUCAGCUAGAAAGAGUGUUCUUGUCCGCCGAUAAGAAGGUUUUGAUCGGUUCCGUUGCAGUGGCAAACUUUGCCUUCCAGAAACACGUGGCUGCUCGCUUUACGCUUGAUUAUUGGAGGACCACGUCCGAAGUAGGCGCUGUGUUCUGCCAUGACGUGCGUCGGAAGCAUGCUCACGAUGGGUACGAUCGGUUUUCGUUCGACAUCAAGUUGGAUGACCAGGCCAACCUAGAGCACAAGACCAUGUUCAUCUGUGUUCGUUACAACGUGGACGGUCAGGAGCUCUGGGAUAACAACAACGGAAUGAAUUAUCAGGUUGAUUUCAUCAAAUCACCCAAGACAGCCUCCAACAAACCAUCGGGAGGAGCUCGCCCUUCUCUUCCCCGCAGCCGAACGUUUGCCACAUCCCACUCCACACGUCCCCGCUCGAUGCCUCCAUCGUUCGACGAUUAUUCGGAUAUCAGCAAGAACGUGCCCUUCUCUAACCCGUUUACGGGUAACAAAGCGUCCCCGCUGAACCGAAAUUCGUCGGAUGACAUCGACACAAUCGGACCGCCGAAACGUCGAGAGACACAGAAUCGACAGGGGCUCAGCAAUCGCUAUGAUUUUGGAGCAUCAUUGACGGCUGCCAUGCGGAGCAAGACUCCUCUCGAUCGGACCACGGUGACUGCUCGGGCACGGUCUGAACAGACCCCCGAGGCGAAGUCCGGUGCGGAGACUGUGUCGAGCGAGGCUUCUGCUGUGAUCGAAGAAGCCCGACAGGAGGAUCUGAAACCUUCCUCAUUGGUUUCUAGCAAACCGUGUCUCGAGUCCUCGGUGUACAAAGAAUUGGUGGACAAGUACUGCUUCUAUGGUUCCGCGAAAUCCUCGAACGAGCAGAAUCCGAGUCCUGUCGUGAACGUGAACGGCCAGGAACCGCCGAAGCAAUUAUCUACGGGUGCUCCUUCACCCCCUCUGUCCCCUCGGUCUCCUGCCCCUCUGGGACCGCCAGUGACUGAUGCGCCCCGUGAAUCCCGUCAUUCGAACCUGUCACCGGCCCUGGCAUCUAGGAGUCCGCGAGCUUCGUCGCGAGCUUCACCACGGACGUCCCCGCGCACGUCGCCCUCGCCUUACCGGUACCCAUACCACCAGGCCCUGCAAAACGGAUUCAUGAAAGACCCUCAGUCGUCCCCCGUCAUUAGAGGGUGA